CUAACUUCCGGUGGUUCUCAGAUUUGGAGUUUUUGCUAGCUGCUUGAAAGAUGUUUAAAGCGUACCUUUACUGCUUGUUGAAGUCUACGAAACACAUUUGAACAUAUAUAGUACGCAGUUUGAAUUUUUUUCAUCACGAUAAUUUCUUUGUGAGAAUUUAAAAUGUAUCAGAGCAGCACAGAGGAGAUAACCGGCAGUGAAGCAUCAGAAUCUGGACAAACCUGUGCCAGAAGCGGCCUGAAGGGAACUACCGCCUCAUCCUUUUGUCCCGCAUCUCUUUCUUCUGCUUUGUCUUACCAAAGUUCAUAUGUCCAUACUCCUAGUUCAAGUCAUGCUCCAUGUCAGCCAGGAAUGACCUCAGCUGCAGAGACACAGCAUGAUGCUGCCACAACCAUGAUGGGCCUCGUGUCUUCCUCAGACAGCUGCUCUGUUCGCUACCCUGGAGGAACACCAAAAUUCAGGAGGACACCAGGUUCUUCAGGACCCACAGGAACAACUGGCUCGUCUGUUUCCACAAUCGCUGGUGCCUCUGUGAUAGUAGCAGUAGUUGAGGGACGAGGUUUGGCCAGAGGAGAGAUUGGCAUGGCCAGUGUUGACUUAAAAUGUCCAGAACUUGUACUUUCUCAGUUUGCAGACACAGGGACAUAUGCCAAGGUUAUAACCAGGAUUCACAUCUUGAUGCCGGUGGAAAUCUUGAUGCCAGACACAUCCAGUGAGAAGGGGAAAGGGACAAAACUCUUCAAGCUCAUCACAGAGAAUUUUCCGGGUGUAACUCUCACUGCAAUCCAGAGAAAGUACUAUAAUGAGAAGAAAGGGCUGGAGUACAUACAGCAGCUGUGCGCUCCAGAAUUUAACACCGUCCUAAUGGAAGUUCAAGCGAAGUAUUAUUGCUUAGCAACCGCUGCUGCUUUGCUGAAAUACUUGGAGUUUAUCCAGAGCUCUUUUUAUGCGGCCAAAUCUCUGAAAGUGAUCUUUAAAGGGAGCGAACAGACAGCUAUGAUUGACUCAGCAUCUGCAGCUAACCUGGAGUUAGUGGUCAAUAACAGAGACCACAGAAGUGAGUAUACUCUUUUAGGAGUACUGAACCAUACAAAGACACCUGGUGGAGCAAGGAGGCUGCGCUCCAAUAUUCUGGAGCCUCUGCUUGAUGUGGAUACUAUAAACACGCGCUUGGACGCCAUACAAGAGCUGCUGCAAAACGAGGAUCUCUUCUUUGGCCUAAAGAAUGCCAUAGGUCAGUUCCUUGACAUCGACCGGCUGCUGUCUGUUCUCGUUCAGAUCCCAAAGCAGGAGACGGUUCAAGCUGCUGAAGCUAAGAUUACGCAUGUCAUCCAGUUGAAACACACACUGGACCUCGUGCCACAGUUAAGGAUGGUGUUAAAGACAUGCAGUACAGCUCUGCUGAAAGCAUACAGUACUACACUGGAGGAUAACAGAUUCGACGUGAUCCUUGAACAGAUCAAAACGGUGGUAAAUUAUGACACAUCAUAUAUAAAAGGCAGCCUAAACAUGCGAACCCAGAAGUGUUAUGCAGUGCGACCCAACAUCAAUGAGUUCCUCGACAUUGCACGCAGAGUUUACACUGAGAUUGUAGACGACAUUUCAGGACUUGUGAACAAGUUGGGGGAGAAAUACGGCUUGCCGUUGCGCACUAGUUUCAGCACGACUCGGGGAUUCUUUAUCCAGAUGAAGCUGGAUGGAGUGGUCCUACCUGAGGGCAACCUCCCCACAGAGUUUAUCAAGGUCACCAAGCAGAAGAACAGCUAUGGCUUUACCACUGCAGACCUGAUGAAGAUGAAUGGGCGCUGUGAUGAGGCCCUGAGGGAGAUUUUUCACAUGUCUUAUGUGGUGAUAUGCCAGCUGCUUACCACCAUCCAUGAGCACAUCCACUGCCUUUAUAAGCUUUCUGACACAGUAUCCAUGUUGGACAUGCUGCUCUCGCUGGCCAAUGCAUGCACAAUCUCAGACUAUGUGCGUCCAGAAUUUACAGACACCCUGGCCAUCAAGCAAGGUCGUCACCCCAUUCUGGAGCGAAUGGCCCGACAGCAGCCUGUCUCAAACAAUAGCUACAUCUCCGAGGGCAGCAACUUUGUCAUCAUAACAGGACCCAACAUGAGCGGCAAAUCCACAUACCUCAAACAGGUGGCGCUGUGUCAGAUCAUGGCCCAGAUAGGCUCUUUUGUCCCAGCUGAGUAUGCCUCUUUCCGGAUCGCUGAUCAGAUUUUCACCAGAAUUGGUGUUGAUGAUGAUUUUGAAACCAACUCUUCUACCUUCAUGUUGGAAAUGAAGGAGAUCUCUUACAUAGUCCACAAUGUGAGUGACAGGUCAUUGACCAUCAUAGAUGAAUUGGGGCGUGGCACUAGUGCUGAAGAAGGCAUUGGAAUUUGUCACUCAGUUUGUGAGUUCCUCCUUGGCCUAAAGGUGUUCACACUGUUUGCCACACACUUUCUUGAGCUCUGUCAGCUGGAGUCUCUCUAUCCUAACGUGGAAAACCAACACAUGGAGGUUCAGCACACACGCAGCAGUGACUCUGGCGCAGAGCAAGUGGUGCAUACAUAUCUGCUGAGUCGAGGAUGUUCUGAAGAAAGACACUAUGGUCUGAGAGCAGCUGAGAUGACCUCACUUCCUCCGAGUAUAAUCCAAGAGGCAAAGUCAGUUGCCUCUAAAGUCAGCCAGCAGCUUCUGGCCAGACAUCCUACUGAUCCAGAAACACAGAGACAGAGGGCUGUGUACCACCUGGCCACUCGCCUUUUGCAGACCGCCAGAAACUCAAGAUUGGACCCGGAGAGCCUGCGUAUGUAUCUGAAAGGACUGAAGAAGCAGCAUGAGGCUGAGCUGCAGGCUGCAGGACCAGCAAGGCCCACUGACUCUGGAAGUUAGAAUCAGUGGCAGAAAUAAAUGACUCUGCCCUUCAUUAGAGAGAUAACUUGCAGUAAAAUAAAUUUCUCCAUUCAGCAGCAUUAUUAAUCUAACAAGUUAUCUUAUUUGAGCAAUAUAAUACAGCUCAUUGAUGAGUUGUCUUAGUUAUUCUGUAUGUUAGUGAAUUAAUAGCAAAUGAUAUGUUUUAUGAAAAUAAAUGAUGGCUAAUUACAUAAGGUUUAUGAAUAAAAAUGGAAAGGUUACACAGCA